CUCACUUUAUAUUUAUUUUUAUGACAAAUAUUUGCACUGUAAAAAUCAAAAUACAUAGUAUUUUUAAUUCACCUCAUACAAGUACUGUAGUGCAAUCUCUUUAUCAUGAAAGUUGAACUUACAAAAUGUAGAAUUCUGUACCAAAAAACCCCUGCAUUCAAAAAUAAAACAAUGUAAAACUUUAGAGCCUACAAAUUAGUCUUAUUUCUUGUUCAGCCAACUGCACAGACAAACAAGUUUGUUUACAUUUUCAGAAGAUAAUGCUGCCUGCUUCUUGUUUACAAUGUCACCUGAAAGCGAGAACAGGCGUUUGCAUGGCACUGUGGUAGCCAGCGUUGCAAAAUAUUUACAUGCCAGAUGCGCUAAAGAUUCAUACGUCCCUUCAUACUUCAACCACCAUUCCCGAGGACAUACGUCCAUGCUGAUGAUGGGUUCUGCUCGAGAAUGAUCCAAAGCUGUGCGGACUGACACGUUCAUUUUCAUAAUCUGAGUCAGAUGCCAGGAGCAGAUGGUUGAUUUUCUUUUUUGGUCAUUUGGGUUCUGUAGUUUUUGCAACAGAGUGUUGCUCUUUUUAGAUUUCUGAAAGCAUGAUCCACACCUCAUCUCUCUGAUUUUGGAAGGCAGAUUCUUAAAUCUUGGGUCAAGUGCUUUAGUUAUCUUUAGAAAUUUCACAUUGGUACCUUCUUUACAUUUUGUCAAAUUUGCAGUGAAAGUGUUCUUAAAAUGAACAACAUGUGCUGGGUCAUCAUCUGAGACUGCUAUAAUAAGAAAUAUAUGGCAGAAUUCAGGUAAAACAGAGCAGGAGACCUACAAUUCUCCCCCAAGGAGUUCAGUCACAAAUAUAAUCAACGCAUUAUUUUUUUAACAAGCGUCAUCAACAUGGAAGCAUGUCCUCUGGCAUGUAAAUAUCUUGCGAUGCCAACUUACAACAGUGCCAUGCAAGCACCUGUUCUCACUUUCAGGUGAGGUAAUUAAGCAGUGGGCAGCAUUAUCUCCUGUAAAUGUAAACAAACUUGUUUCUCUUAACUAUUGGCUAAGUUAAUCGUGUGAGUUAACUGUGAUUAAUCAACAGCCCUAAUUCCAAUAUUUCUUUUUUGAGAUAGAGCGACCACAUCUGCACGCAGUAUUCAAGAUGUGGGCAUACCAUAGAUUGAUACAGAGGAAAUACGAUAUUCCUAAUGUCCUAUGAUGUUUCCAACAUUGUUAGCUUUUUUUUUUGCCUGCCACUUCACAUUGAGUGGAUGUUUUCAGAGAACUACCCACAAUGACUCCAAGAUCUCUUUCUUAAAUGGUAACAGCUAAUUUAGACCACAUCAUUUUAUCUAUAUAUUUGGGAUUAUAUUUUCCAGUGUGCAUUAAUUAUGUUGCAUUUAUCAAAGUUGAAUCUCAUCUGCCAUUUUGUUGUCCAGGCACCCAGUUUUGUGAGAUCCCUUUGUAACUCUUCACAGUCUGCUUUGGACUUAACCGUCUUGAAUAGUUUUGUAUCAUCUGCAAAUUCUGCCACCUCACUGCUUACCCGUUUUUUCAGAUCAUUUUUAAUAUGUUGAACAGACCCCUGAGAGACACCGCUAUUUACCUCUCUCCAUUCUGAAAACUUAUUUCUAUCCUUUCUUUGCUAUCAUUUAACCAAUUACUGAUCUAUGAGAGACAGAAUUAAGGUUGCCGGGCUGAUCCUAUCUCUGCAUUUCCAUUUAUAAAGUGUGAUCUUACCUUAGUAUUUCCUGUCUAAAUUUGUGUUUUAUGGAAAAUGGCCCUUGAAAGUCUUUUCCCCUGUAAAUUUCAAUAACUAUAAAGAGGGGAGGACACAAAGUUAAGAUCCCAUUUUAAAAAAUCCUCACUACCUUAACACCAGAUGGAUAUAUUUUUUAUUUUUACUAUUUAAUAAUUACUCAGUGAGUCGAGUUUGCAACCUCUGCCAGGAUUCCAGCUAUGGACCUUUCUCAGUCAACUGUAAAAUCUACUCUGCCACAAACUGUUCCGUUUCUGUGCCUGGCCUCCUACUAAUAUUAAUGGGAGUAAUGCAUACCAGUCGUGUGCAGGACAGGGUUCUCAACUGGCUCAAAAUGAUCUCUAGGGGGAAUAGCUGGCAGUUGAAGGGACCUGCAGCAGGUCAGUUUGUUCCAUUAAUUUAUCUGCCUCUUCCCAGAGGCUAAGGUUUUGAUUCCACUUCCUUUUAAAAAUUGGCUUAUUCCCUAGUUAUAGCUUACCCUUAUGCUUCCUCCAUUAAGCAUCUUACCAUUAAUUACAUUUCCAUUUUCUAUAAGGAAGACCAGGCAAAAUUUGGUGACAAAACAACUUCCUUUGAGAGAUCUGCUAUCAGAUACUGAAGAUAUACAGAUCUGAACAGGAUUUUUUUAUUUUAAUAGUGCCUACCUGAUACAUAGCGUUUUUAGUGGAGCAUCUCCUUGAAGGAUCAUUUUGCUAGAUCACCAAAGUUUCUGUAAGAGUGUGGCAUUUAGAGAGCCAACCGAUUGGAGAAAUUCUGUUGAGACGUUGUCCAUCCAAAAGAAUCAAGUUAGUCUUCCACGUAAGCAAUCUUCUCUACCUAUAGUAAACUAAAUGCUGGAGGGGAGUGCAAAUAAUUGUAGGUAAAAACUUGCACGUUUUCUGUGCCUUUUUGCAUUCCACAUAGGUACGUAUCCCCCUUUCAGGUUUCUUCCAAUGAGACAAAUACUCAGUCCCUGCUCUAAAUAUUUGAAACUGGAAAGAUGAGUAACAACAUUCUGUGUUGGUGGGGGUGUGAUUCUAGUAAGUGAUGGCUGAUCGUGUUAUUUUCGUUAUACACAAAUGCGAACGUUUUAAAUAGUACUUUAUUCAAUCGGCAUAAAUGACAGCAUAGUCUAUGUUUAGUUAAUAGUUUUGACCUGGCCAGUGGCACUGUUCUCACAAAACCGCACAGCAGAGCCUUUACCUCGAGCAAAGUGGCUAAGAGAAGCUGGAUCAGUUUGCAUCGGAUUAGCUGUGACCCCUCUUCCCGAAUCGAUCAAAAUAUGCCUAUGAAGAUCCAGUACAACGAGACUUGUUUUACUUCUCUGGCUUAUAAAGGGUAAACUAUUUGUUAUACCUUACCAUUUGCGUCUCCUGUGCUGUAAUGUGUUUGAAAUAUGAUUUGACUAAAUCAUCGAACGGAUCUGUGUUUAAUAGGAUUUUAAUUUUCUUGCCAUUGAUUUUAGAAGUUCAAGAGCAUAACAGAAUGCCCCCCCCCGCGACUUUAAACCGGUUAAAUUUGACUAUCACUUGGCAUCUAAAGCGCUAUUCUGAUGUUAUUCAGAGCAUCAGAUCAAGCUAAAAUAACGUUUUCACAUUUCAUCAUAAAUAUUCUUUACAGAACCGCAAGGACUGCUCAAAUAUCCACAAACACAGGUGUUUAAAUACUCUGGGAGGACAAUGAUUGAUCAUGAAUCUUGCUGCCUGGCUAGAGUAAGAUAAAAGCUCUUGGAAGAACAGCUUUGGAUACCUUUGCAAUGAACAAGUGGGCACGUUUUAAAUACACAUGAAACCCAUAAGAUGAAGAGCGCCCGUUGGAAAGUUAACUGAACCUAACCGGUUUGCUUAAGUUUAUCCUCAAGGAGAAGCAACGCGCCUAACUUCUGAAAAUCCUUAGUUCAGUGUCAGGGCAACACCCAUGCAAAUAGUCUGUGAAACGUGUGCUUUAGAAAGCAACUUUUUUAGUAACAGAACAUCUGCUUCUCUGUCUUCUCCCUGCGUCCGCCCCAGUGCCAAUUCAUAAACGGGGCUGGCUAAGGGCCCCGCAAUAAUGACCGUGGAAUGAGGCAACCCUCCCCCGUAGCACAAGGAGAAAUGGAAGAAUUGCCAUAUGCUUUCUCUUCGUUUCUGGAUGGCUGGGGGUCGGGCUGCAGCUGCUGUCCUUGCUGCUGCUUCUGUUACCAAUGGCAUUCAGACUGACAGCGCUCAGUGCCAAACCAACAACUGUACUCAGGAGCUGCGGAACAAGCCACUGGCAGCGGCCGCGGGAACAGCAGCAGCAGCCAGCGCCGGGACACUCUCCUGGGUCCACCGCGGCCACUGAACGGCGAAGAGCGAAGCUGGGAACGACCUUGCAAGAGACACGUGUGUGUCCGCCGGCUUUGCAGUCCCGGAUCCAUCUCUCCGCCUGUCCCCUUCGCCCUCGGCCACAUGCUGACGGGAUAAGCAUGGAAGCCCUCUCAAAAUCGCCCGGCGAGCAAAGCACUAGCCAAAAGGGGGGAGCGGGAGCGAAGGGCAGCAGAACGAAGCGCCGCCCUGCAGAGCCAUUCACCGCCAAGGACUCGACCUCUGUGGAGAUUCAGGAUUUCCCCGGGGGAAGGGAAGCCAGCCCCCGGACCCUAAAGCUGACUUUGGCAGGGAGCGGAGGAAAAGUGGCCUUUCUCAGCCCUAACAACGGAGCUUGUGAGCUCAGCGCCGUUCGCAGCUCGGAAAGGGGAAAUCCAGCAUCCCUGGCCCGCGAAUCUAAGCCAGGGGCCAGCCCGGGGAGGAAGGGUAAUGAAGCGGAGGGAUGCAGCGCUGGCUCCAACUCGGGAGGCUCGAAUGGAAACACUUCGCCUGGACUCCCCCACAAGCCGCUUUCCCCGAGCGGCUGCGCGGAGUGGUCCUCCUCUUGCCCAUCCCCGGUGAACAAGGCAAGCGCGUUCCCCAAAACGGAUGACACCGUGACCGAGGGCAAAACCUCCUCCUCUUCCUUUGGGUACGAAAGUGACGAGGACGAGGACGCGGACUGCAAAGCAAGCUGCUUGGUUAACCCCAGAGGAGGCAGCCGGGGGCCUUCCCAGCCCACCUACUGCGGCAAGAACAGCCCUGCUAACGAGGAGGCGCAUUACAUUACCACGCACGAAAUCCAGCUCAGCGAGGUGGACCACGACAUGGACUUUGACUUUGGCCUGGCCUCCAGGUGGGACUUUGAGGACAACAAUGUGAUCUACUCCUUCGUGGAUUACGCCUCCUUUGGGAGCGACGAGACCCUCGGGGACACGCAGACGGAAGAGGACAAUAGCUGUUAUCUCAGCACGACCAGCGAUGCCAAUAACCAGACUGACAGCAUCGAGAAUACCAGCAGCACGGAGAUAGUCAGCAUCAACUCUGAAAACGAUACCCCCAGCACAGACAAAUGCGCCAGCUCGGAAGAAAGCCAGUCCAAGAACCCCAGCCACAUGAGUGAGAACCCAGCUGCAGGCCACAUUCUCCUAUCAAUCAAACCGACUUCCAGGGCUAUAAAUGAGCUUAGCAACCUGCCUGAGAAGCAAAACAUUAUUUACGCUGCCAAGCAUGAAGGCGACAUGAGCCUCCGUGUCUCCACAGCUCCCGAACGCAAGACCAGUUUCAAACAAGACGCGAUUCAUGACCAGGCAAAAAAAUUUAUUGCCGUCCCCGCGCGUUUGCAAACGCGGUGUGGAGCCAUAAGGGCGAAGGAAGUGGGGGGAUAUUCCAGCGGUGCCUCCAGCGCGGUCAGCGAGCUGGAUGAUGCGGAUAAAGAAGUGCGAAACCUGACGGCCCGAGCUUUCCGGAGCUUGGCUUACCCCUACUUUGACACGCUGAACUUCAGCUCCAGGGAGUCCUCCGCGUCCCUUUCGGACCAGGCGCUCGGGAUCAACCGAUGGUCCACUUAUUUAGACCUGAAGUGCGGCAAUCUCGGGCAGAAACCGGAGCAGAACCUGUUCAAGAGCAGCGCCGAACCCACCGCCUGGCACAGAAGCGCUGGGGCGAAAACAUGCCGUGACCAGUUCUACAUUCGCUCCAAUAAAUCGCAGACGAAAGCCCUAGAGUUCGUGGUCAGCAAGCUCGAUGGGGAAAUAACCCACGUGGAAACGCCAGCGUGCUUCGAGAAGCGGAUCCAGUCGGGCUCCCGGGUUGUAACUUUGUUGGAGACGCUGAAUUUUAGCAGCAAUAUCAAUGCUGGUGUCCCCAGACCUGCGAAACGUCCUGAACAUGCUGCCGCUGGGGCAGGUUGCGCAGAGGAGCUUCCAGAAACGCUGCCCAGGGAGCCCGGCCAGGAGGCUAGCAAACAAACCGGGCUGGCCGCGGCAGAAGUCCCGGAGGGCACCCCGAAUAAAUCGAAAUUCGCCUCCAGCCUCCUCAAGAACGUCAUCUCGAAGAAAAUGCAGCGGGAGCACGAGUUCAAAAUGGAGAGGGGGGAGAUCACAGACACUUCGUACACAAGGCUGGCCGCGUCCUUGCCUGGCAAGGAGCAGGAGGGCUCGGCCAGGGAGAAGCUGAAAGACGGGGGCAUGCAGAGGCAGAACUCCAGGUAUUCCGAGGGCAGCUCCGACUACACGAUUGUGACAGCAGAGGACCCGGGGGAGUUUUCUGACAGCAAGUCGCCGACCUCCAAGGCGUCUACCCCUCGCCUAGACCGACCCCUUUCGGAAACGCGAUUGGAGGACGCGUGUGAAAUUAAGAAGAGCGCCUCGGAGGCGAUCAAGGCGACCUUCCUCCGCAGCCAGAACAGCGCGUUCAGAUCCUGGAAAGAGAAAGAGGCAGGGAAGAAGAAAGAAGAGCGAGCUCCCAUCGGGAAGCUUCAGUUCUCCUCCGCCAAAUACGACUGGCGGGCCGAUCUGGGGGAGAUCUCAGCCAGCAAGUCCACUAAAAUGUCGCGUCUCUUCGUCCCAAACAUUCAGCGCACCCCCAAGGACAAGCAGCCUGGCCCGCAGGUGACACAGUACUCCACAGCCACCUACGCGGCUCGGGCUGGCACCCCCGUCAAGCCCAGAGCCCCCGAGAUCAAGAUCAGCCUGGGCAGCGUGCAGCCAAGCAAGGAUCACCCCUUUGACCUGGCUAAGCUGCUCACCCCCAAACUAGCCGCUACCGCACCCACCCUUUUCAAGGCAGCGGAGGAGCCCCGAGGCCAGCCGCAGAAGGCAUUCAAAGCGGACGGCCUGGACAAGGUGCCGCAAUUCUUGGUGCGCGAUAUAAGAGACAACAAGCCUAAAGUCCCCGGCCCCCUUCACCAGGUGAGGGACGUCAGGAAACUGAUCAAGAGCGCCUACGGCCACGACUCGGGCGACACCGGCAGCGACCGGAGCAGCGCGCUCUCGGAUCAGGGCAGCGCGGAGCAGAAACCGAGGCAGCCGGCCAUAGCGGGGAUCUCCAGGGCUCCGUCUCCCAUGGUGAUCACCUGCCAGGCGGUCCGUAACAGCAGGGAGGACAAGAGGCCGGGCGAGACGGCGGCCAAAGCCCCAGCAGGGGGCAAGGUGCUGCCUGCCACGCCGGAGGGGACGAUCCUGGUGCACAGGACCUCGGGGAGGCUGCCCGUGGCCACCAUCGCCCCCAACAAGAGCGACCCUCGCUUGCCCGCCGUGCUGCAGAUCGUGUCCAAAGCCUCCGCCCCCUGGCGGCAGCCGCCGCCGCCCCCCGCCGCUCCCGCGCCCGCCCCCCCUGAGAGAGGCAAGGGAGCGGACGAGGAGCCGCGGGGGGAAGCCAAGGCGCCGCCGAGCCGCAACGCGCUGGAGAAGCUGACGGCGGCGGUGCGCAGCAUGGAGGAGCUGUACAGCUUCAGCAAGCGCGAGUGGAAGCGCAAGAGCGACCCGCGGCCCAUCGCCCACAGCCACGUGCUCUCCCUCAUCGCCAGCGAGGAGCGGGGCGGCCGGGCGCCCGCCGAGGAGAGGAGCCCGGCCCCGGCCGCCCCCGAGCGCCAGCCCCUGCCGGGCUCCGGCCCCAAGCCCGACAAGGUCUCGGCCAGGGCGGCCGCGUUCGAGAGCCCGGCGCGGGAACGGGAACGGGAACGGGAACGGCCCGGGCCGCGGGGGGAGGCGGCCGCGGCGGACAGAGCCCCGGGCCCGCAGCCGCCGCGAAGCAGCGUCUUCACCGUCAGCUCCGCGCAGAAGGCGGCGGCCGCCCCGGCCAAGCUGCCCGCCGCGGCCUCGCCGCUCCGCAGCCUGAAGGGCCCGGCCGGGUCGGGGCCGCGCUCCCUCAAGCUCUCCCCGGCCUCGGCCUCGGCCCCCGCCGCCGCCGCCGAAGGGAAGGGGCCCGGCGAGGCCGAGAAGGCCGCGGCCGGGCCCGACUGCGGGAACUACCUGGCCCUGCCGCUCAAGGAGCCGCCGGCCGCGGGAGGGGGCGGCCACCCCCCGGGCCCGCUCUCGGCCUCGGCCGCCGCCGCCGCCCUGCAGCCCUUCAGCGCCGCCAAGAGCCCCAAGCAGCAGCAGCAGCAGCAGCAGCAGCCCGGCCCCGCGGCCGCCCCGGAGCUGCCGCCCGCCGCCAUCUACCAGCAGCCGCUGCCCAUGGCCGCCCUGCACGGGGCGCAGCCCCCGCCGCUGCUCUGCUUCUCGCCGCCCUCGGCCGCCGAGCCCUUCCCGCCCACGCAGCGCAAGGUGCUGCUGGACCUGAGCACCGGGCAGUACUACCUGGUGGACGCGCCCGUGCAGCAGCCCCUCAAGAAGAGGCUCUUUGACCCCGAGACCGGGCAGUACGUGGAGGUGCCCGUGCCCGUGCCCGUGCCCCCGCAGCCGGCCGUGGCGCCGAUGCCCUUCCCCAUCUCCCCGCUAGCGCUCAACCCGGGGGCGUAUGGGGCCACCUACAUGAUCUACCCUGGCUUCCUGCCCACCACCAUGCUGCCAGCGAAUGCCCUGCAGACCCAGCUCUCCCUCCCGGGCAGCGACGUCAGCGCCCCCGCCGAGACUAGCAGCCCAGGGGCAGCGCUGGCGGGGGGAGGAGGAGGAGGAGCAGAGGCCACUUUUGUGGAAAGUCCUUAUUAUAUCGCCACGGGUAAAUCCCAGCCCUCAGGCGCCCCUGCCCAGCUCAGGGGGGCAGAGGGGAAGCCGGUCAUCAGCAUCACAUCCCAGCAAAUGGGGCCAAGGAUAAUUGCCCCGCCCUCCUUUGAUGGUACCACCAUGAGGUUCGUGGUGGAGCACAGAUGAUGAUAAACCAAAGAGGCUGCUGGAACAAGGAAGAAGAAUUAUCCUCCUUUAAUCUGAAACGUGGUAACACUAGGCAUUCAUCCUUAAAAACUGCUUCCACAGUUUCUCUUUUUUUGCUUCAUACAAAACAAGUGUUGCUUGAGUUGCUCCAAACACAAGUGUCACAGAUAGCCCGCAAUAACACUCCAGCGCACAGCACAAUGGCUUAUCAUUUAGGUAGGAAUAGGGAAUCUGAAUUAUGCGAAAUAGGUGUGUGCAGGUGUUUGGGAGUUUCAGUUCUCUAUAUAGUGUUCCCUGAGCAUGCUCUGAGAAAUCCUCUUAUUUCCUUAUAUGACAUGAUAGUCAUAGACCCUACUCUGGAGAUAGGUGUGAUAUAGCUAAUACCUACUGAAGUGUUCUGCAGCUAUUGAAAAGAGUACAUUUCCACAGAAGAAGAAAAAUUCAAGUUAGGAAGCACAGAACCCAGAAGGUUCACACUGCUUUUAUGGAUCAGAAGCGACAUAUGCCUCUUUCAGCUAGUUUGAGCCCUAAAAUCCCCACUUUAAUAAUUACCAGUGAUAUAAUAAUCCCCACUUUAAUAAUUACCAGUGAUAUAAUAAAGGCAGUACAGGAGUAGAUGGUUCUGUCCAAAUCAUUUUGGGCUGUACCUUGCAUUCUUUACUCUGGCAAAACUGCCAGUGAAGUCAAUGGGAGUUUUCAGUGAAUAAGAACCUAAACUUUAUAUAAAAAUGUUGAGACUAAUAUGAAAGUUUUAAAAAUGACCUUUCUUGAAGUAAAAACAAACAAGCAAAAAACCUGCUUAAAUAAUGUUUUAUUUUAAUACAUUUGUCUAUUUGAGUGUUUGUCACAUUUAAGGAAAAUCUUAGGAUUUAAUUUACAGUUUUAUUUCCACUGAUGAGGUAUAAAAUAUAAAAAAAAUCAGCUACAAUUGUCUUGAAGUACACAUGUGAUUUUAUUUCACCAGAAUUUAUUUGUUUGCAGGCACAAAUUGAAAUUAUCCUCAGGAUGAAAUGCACUGCAAGUAUACAGAUAGUGAGUGAUUUAACAUAUGCUGUUCUCAUUUACCUACAUCAUUGUGGAAAUCAGGUGAAAGAAAUAAUGUUUUAACACUUUAAGAAUUUCCAAGUGCACAGCUAGAAUAUAUAGCAUGUAAAGUUCAUCCCUGUGUUCCUCAAUAAUACUGCCUAGAUUUAUAAGCUUUACAUUUUUAUCAGAAUUUUGCUUUUCUGUUCAAGUGCCUCUUAAAGAAAUUGAAUGCAUCUUUGCUGUUUUCAUAAAUGAUAAUGAUAAAAGUCUAUAUAUGGUACAAAUAGGAUUUCUGUGUUAUAUGAAACAGACAGUACUUCAGACUGCAGGACAGUAUAGAUACCAAAGUAGAUUGACCAUAGUCACACAAAUAUGUGUAUGGUACACUAUAAUACUAGCAUCUGCAUUUAAAAAUAUUAGCGACAUCAUACCUUUUUCUAUAACGGUGCUCAGAGAGGAGUUUCACAUUACAGUUUACAAGACGUAGGUUUGCACACACAAAACUCUUAGGGUUUACAGUUUUGCCCUGUGUACUUGAAAGAAAAAAAAGGUGCCCUGUAUUUCAACAUAUGUUGUUGGAAAAAAAAUAUUUGUAGUAAUUGUUUUUGUUAAACUGCCUGUAAAAAAUUAAAGCAGUAACAUGAAUCAGUAUCAACAAUUAUCUGUUUUCUCAGGGGAAAUCUCUUCAGUAGAAUGUUUGACAUUAAGAUUGAAACAGUGUUUGCUUAAUUUUGUCUGUUUAAUACUAAACAGACUACAUGUUUGCUUAAAGGGUCAGUUAUGCGAGGUGUUGUAUGCUUUGGUCCUGAUCCAGCAAAGCACUUGAGUAUGUCCUUACCCUUAAGCACUUGACGAGCUCCACUGACUUCAGUGGAACUACUGACAUGUUUAAAGUUAAGCAUGUGCUUCAGUGCUUUGCCUCGUAGGAGCCAGAACUCUCAGCAUCCUGCCAGAUGGAGCCCCAGAUCCUUAACAUUAUCUGUAUACAAGUAGUAUUCCAGGCUUGAGUCUAACAUGAAAUAUACAGGCAUACAUUGCUGCAAAGAAUAGCUAGAAAAAUCUUGCAAUGUGGUGCUUAUGCAUGCAUACCCAAUGGUGAAUUUAUCAAGCUAAUGUGGUUAUGUAUAACCACAUAUCUUGGAUUAGAAUCAAGCCCUCUGCGUCAGGGUUCACAAGCUGCUAGUAUUGUAUGUUUCAUAUUGUGGUCAUAGUCCCUUAUGGGUGAAAUUCACCCCCUGUAGAGAAUCAGCACAAAACCCAGGCACUGCUCAAGUUCACAUAAGCUCUGUGGGCCCGAUCCAAAGCCCUCUGACGUCAACAUAAAAAGUCCUGUUGAUUUCAGUGGAUUUUGAAUCACGUCCUGCUUGAAGGCUUAAAUGGGACUCGAGAGGCAUAGACCUUGUGUUAAUCUGCAGCGCAGGGGGGGUAAAUUUCACUCUCUUAGAAUUAUUGAUAUAUAUUCCCUUUGGUGAAUAAUUAAUUUAAAAUAUAUUUAUGGGUUGUGUGUUUAUUUCUGUCUGCAUUUGAAGAUGAGUUUACUAUGUAGUGGUGAUGGCCAAAGUGUCAUUCCUUUUCUUAGAAGUUACCAUAAACUCGUGGCUACCUGAGAAUGCAUACAAUACUUUAAAACAUGCUUGAUGUGGAAGAUGAUCCUUUUUUUUUUUUUUUUUUGCGGGGGGGAGGGGGAAGAUGCAUCAGUAUUAAGACAUUGAACAGCACAAAUAUGAAGUAAAGACAAUGAUUGUUGAAGAGAAUGUGAGUGGUAUGUUUGAUUAGAUCAUAGUGGGUUACACUAAAUGAUAAAGUCAGAGUGUUGUGAAGGUUUUGUAAUGACAAUGGAUUACUGCCAGUGGAAAAAGAGAAGAUGUAUAAAUGGAGAGAAUUUGACUCUUUAAAUUGCUUUCAACCUAGACAACAUUGUGGCAAGUUCCUAGCUGAAGUCUGAAGUGAUCACGUUACAGAAUGCUGUGAGCUUGGAAUUUAAGGACAAAAAAUACAACAAAACAGCUCUGAGAAUUGCACUAACUGUGUGUUGCACAAAGAGAAAAUUUCAUUAGAUGUGAAUCAUGUGAGAAUGGAUUGUUUGAAACCGUUGAAUACCAAAGUUUGUAAUUCAUUGGCAAGCGUAUGUUUUUUUUUGAAUGUUAUGACAAAUGAAAUGUAUUUUCCAGUAAAAGACACACUGCAAACAA